AUGAACCAAACAAAGGUGAGUGAAUUCAUCUUGACAGAUCUAACUGAUCUCUGGGAGCUUCAGAAAACACUCUUCACUCUCUUUCUGCUAUUGUAUUUCACCAUUCUGCUGGGGAAUGGUGCCAUUGUGGCUGUAGCAAUAACUGAACCACAGCUACACACGCCUAUGUAUUUUUUCCUUGGGAAUCUUUCCUGCCUGGACAUCUUCCUUUCCACAAUAACUGUUCCAAAGAUACUAGCUGGCUUUCUAUUGGAGCUACAAACCAUUUCCUUUAGUGGUUGCAUGGCUCAGCUCCACUUUUUCCACUUCCUGGGCAGCAGUGAGGGCGUCUUUGGUGUCAUGGCCUAUGACCGCUAUGUUACCAUAUGCAACCCAUUGCGUUAUACCAUCAUUAUGAGAAAGCAGGUCUGUCUGAUUUUGGCAGCAGCUAAGAGGACCAUUGGUUUUUUCCAUGCCCUGAUGCACACAGUGAUGACUGCUCGCCUUCCCUUUUGUGGACCAAACCACAUUGAGCACUACUUCUGUGAAAUCAAACCACUGCUGAAACUGGCCUGUGGCAGCACUCAUCUCAACCUCAUGCUUCUCAAUACUGUCACUAGUUGCAUUGCCACGGUCCCCUUUGUCAUCAUACUGCCCUCCUAUCUCUACAUUAUCAUUUUCAAAGUUCAGUCACAAAAGAGUAGGCAGAAAGCUUUCUCCACCUGUGGGUCCCACCUGAUGGUGGCGGCUUUGCUGUAUGUACCAGUGUUGUUCAACUACAUGCUUCCAUCGGUGGGCACUGUGGCUCAAAGGGAAAUGAUGGUAACUAUCAUAUUCAGCGUGGUUACUCCUGUUUUGAACCCACGUAUCUACAUGCUGAGUAAUCAGGAGGUGAAACAGGCCUUACAAAAGAUCCUGGGCAGAAAGGUCUGCAUUGAAAGGUAG